CCGGGAGGACAGUUGUGUUAUGUUUUGUGUAUACGAAUGGCGAGUGUAUUGAAGAGUUGGUUUCAAUUUGGGAUCAAACCGUUGGUGUGUCUCAGUGUCCGCCGUAAGGGAGGUCCGAGUUUCCCCAACUUUGUGAACCUGCCGCCCACUUACCCCAUCACUGGCAGCGGUUCCGUAUACGACACGCGAGUGGUGCGCAAGAGACAGGUGCCGGACCUUAACCUCCCAUCCCUUGAACGCCAAGAAGCCCUGAAAUGGGCUGAUUGGCGGAUGUUGAGGGACUGCCGCCGAAGGAUUAUCUUCUCGCGAUAUCACCCGCAGAAACAGAUCCUCUACACUAUUCGUAAGAGUAAACUAUUGCCGUCAAAUAUCAGGGAGUUGGCUCACGAGGAGAACCGGAGCCUUCCUCGAGACGCACUCAUCCAUCAUCUGACCAAUCGUUGUAUCAUAAGCUCGAGAUCCAGAGGCAAAGUGCGGAGAUAUAAGUUGAGUCGACACAUGUUCAGAGGUUUAGCCGAUUAUAACUUACUGUCCGGAGUGGCCAAAGCCUGCUGGUGA